AUGUUCAAACCAAAGGGUUCACUUGUAUCCACCAAGUCGGUGCCCAAUCUUUCAGCUCUCAAAACACAGCAAUCCUCAUCAUCAUCAUCGGGUACAAAUGUUCAUCCCUCGUCGUCAACUAUGGGAACUUCCUCAACAACAGCAAAUAAUCUCACACAAGCUACCACAGCUCUCAGUUAUUAUUAUGCCCACACACCCCUCCCUCCUCAUCAUCAACAUUUAUUAAAUUCGUUAUCAUCGGAGUCUCCCCAAUUAUCGGUUGAUGAUGUACAACAAUUAUCUGAAAUGUUAUACUUUCCAAAAUUUAAAAAGGCUACGCACAGUGCUGUUUGUUACCGAUGUAAACAUCAGAUUAUUCAGAUUGCAUUUGAAGUCAAUAAUGAAAAUGGAACCGCACCAAAACAAGCGCUUUUAAAAGUCUAUGAUCCCAAUAAUUAUAAUUUAUCCCUGUAUUCCGAUAACGAAGGUACUGCUUCGACUGUUGGCAACUCUGAAGGAGCCUCAUUCUCUUCUUCUGUUGACAUUGCUGAAGCAAGCUCAUUAGCAGUGGCUGCAACAGAGAGCAUUCAUCGAGAGACUAUUUCAUCUCCAACAGUAGUAGCAUCUUCAUUGGAUCCUUCUUCAUCAUCAUUUAUGAAUAGCAAUAAUAGUUCGAUGAAUGAAGCAAACAUUACGAAUCAACAAACUCCACCAGAAUCACCAAUUUUAUCUUCAUCGGUGAACACUAACAAUUUAUCAGAGCUGUCGAGCACGUCGAGUGAAAACAAUUCGUCUCAGCCACCCAAUUCUCACUCACGAACUGUGACCUUCGCUCUUCCUCCAAUUACAUCAACCAAGAAAUCACCUCUAGAGAUGAAUCCUCUUUUCAGGGAAUCAUUCGCAAACAUCAAAUCUCCAACAACACUUGCCUCCAAAUUGUCACAACAAGAAAAACAAGACAAGAAGAGAUUUUCAUUUAAUCCCAAUGCAAAAAAGAAGGAGGCUCAACAAAAGCAACUCCAAUUGGAGAAACAAAAAGAGGAGCAACAAUUGAAAUUUCAACAACGUAUGACGCAAUUAACAGAAGAGGUAGAGCUAUUAGAACCUUGCGUAAUUUCGAAUGAGGAAUACGAAAUGAAUGUUGAAUUUGUAAAACAGCUGUACCAAUACGUGUCAAAUACUGUACAAAUAGAUACGCCACUCUGUAUGGAAUGCAUGGAACAAGUUGCUGGCCAGUUGAAUAUCCAGCUUGAAAAGAUCAAAGAAGAAGAGAAAAUUUAUCAAGAUCACUAUUCAAAAUUUUUACAAGAUAAUCAACACAAUGAAAGUGAAAGUGAUUUAGAAAAUGAAUUACGUCAAUUAGAGGAAGCAGAAAAACUCCUUCGCCAAGAGCUAGAUAUGCUUCAAAAACAGGAAGAAGACUUGUCGACCCUCGAGAGGAGUCAAAUCGACAAGGAAGAGCAAUUUUCAGAACUUCAACAACGAUAUUGGAAAGAGUACAAUGAUUUUCACAAUGAGCUCUUACUUUACAAUGAGGAAAGAGAGGCAGUGCAACAGCGAAUUGUUAACGUCUCAAAAGAAAUGGAAAAGCUAAACAGCACAAAUAUUUUCAACGAUGCAUUUCAUAUUUGGUACGAAGGCCACUUUGGAACCAUUAAUAACUUUAGGUUGGGAAAGCUGCCGACUCAAAAUGUAGAAUGGAACGAAAUUAAUGCUGCUUGGGGUCAAGCAGCACUCUUGCUAUUCUCACUAUCGAAACACAAACAUUUUGCAUUUUCAAAAUAUAAGAUUAUUCCUAUGGGAAGUUUUUCAAAAAUCGAGACGCUGGACAACAAGAACAGUUAUGAUUUAUUUGGAGGAGGAAGCAACGGAGGUUUAUUUUGGCAAUCCAAAUUUGACAAGGCCAUGGUUGCAUUUUUGUAUUGCCUUAAAGAAAUUGGCACAUUUGCUGAAAAGCAAGAUACUUAUUUUGAAUUGCCCUAUAAAAUUCAAGACGACAAAAUUGGUGGAAAGAGUAUCAAACUCGGUAAUGAUGAAAAUUGGACGAGGGCAUGUAAAUAUGUUCUCACUGACCUCAAAUACUUGAUCUCUUUUUGCGUGUCAAAAUAA